ACGCAACCUCACCGAAACUAAACCCGGACGUGUUCCCGUUUCAAAAACCGGAUUUCAUUAUCGCCGAUAGGUCCGGGAUCUUUUGUAAUUGGAGUUCUUUCUCCUGGUCAAAAUAGAAAAAAAUACACGCUAUUGCAGCGAAACCACCACACCCAACAAAGAGAAGAGAAGAGAAGUCGGAGUUUUGAACUCUGCAAACCCUAACCGGUUCUUCUCUUCUAUCCUGCGAUUAGAUCGAUCGCUCUUUCGAGACUGUGCAUGGGCUGGUUGGGCUGGUUUGGUUGGCUAAUUCAUUAAUCGAUGGUUUAAAGUAUUGAUUUGGGUACUGAAUUUGGGCUGCAAGUUUUUUUGAGGUCAAAGAUGGAUUUGGUAACUAGUUGCAAGGACAAAUUGGCAUAUUUCCGGAUAAAAGAACUCAAGGACGUCCUGACACAAUUAGGCCUUUCAAAACAGGGGAAGAAGCAGGACCUUGUUGACCGAAUAUUAGCUGUUCUUGCAGAUGAGCAAGUUCCAAAGACAUUGGCAAAGAAGAGUGCCGUUGGGAAGGAAGAGGUGGCAAAACUAGUUGAUGACAUUUACAGGAAAAUGCAGGUUUCUGGGGCCACUGAUUUAGCAUCAAAGGGACAGGGAGUCUUGGAUAGCAGUAAGACAGUGAUUAAAGGGGAAAUGGAUGAUACCUCUCACGUGGAUACAAAAGUUCGCUGUCCUUGUGGAAGUUCACUGGAAACAGAAUCAAUGAUCAAGUGUGAGGAUCUCAAAUGUGGUGUCUGGCAACAUAUUGGCUGUGUUAUAAUUCCUGAAAAACCCAUGGAGGGCAGUCCACAAGUUCCUGACUUAUUUUUUUGUGAGACCUGUCGACUCAGCCGUGCUGACCCUUUUUGGGUAACUGUUGCACAUCCUCUGUAUCCUGUGAAGUUGGCUACUACAAAUAUUCCAGCUGAUGGUCCAAGCCCAGUGCAGAGUGUGGAGAAGACAUUUAAUCUUACAAGGGUAGAGAAGGACUUGUUAGCUAAAACAGAAUAUGAUGUUCAGGCUUGGUGUAUGCUUUUGAAUGACAAGGUUCCUUUUAGGAUGCAGUGGCCUCAAUAUGCUGAUCUACAAGUCAAUGGUGUACCUGUCCGUGCUAUUAAUAGACCUGGUUCACAAUUAUUGGGGGCUAAUGGUCGUGAUGAUGGUCCAAUUAUUACACCAUGUACAAAAGAUGGGAUCAAUAAAAUAUCAUUAACAGGAUGUGAUGCGCGUAUUUUCUGUUUAGGAGUUAGAAUUGUGAAGCGUAGAACUGUUCAACAGAUACUCAACAUGAUCCCCAAGGAGUCUGAAGGUGAACAUUUUCAAGAUGCAUUAGCUCGAGUUUGUCGUUGUGUUGGUGGUGGAGCAGCAGACAAUGCCGACAGCGACAGUGACCUGGAAGUCGUUGCAGAUUCUUUUGCUGUUAAUCUCCGCUGUCCUAUGAGUGGAUCGAGAAUGAAAGUUGCUGGAAGAUUCAAACCUUGUGCUCACAUGGGCUGUUUUGAUCUUGAAGUUUUUGUGGAAAUAAACCAGCGGUCUAGGAAGUGGCAAUGCCCCAUUUGUCUCAAGAACUACUCAUUGGAGAAUUUAAUAAUUGACCCAUAUUUCAAUCGUGUCACUUCUAAGAUGUGGCAUUGUGGUGAGGAUAUAACAGAGGUUGAGGUGAAGCCUGAUGGUUCUUGGCGUGUGAAAACUAAAACUGAAUCUGAACGUAGGGAUGUUGGUGAACUUGCACAGUGGCAUUCCCCUGAUGGUUCUCUAUGUGUAGCUAAUGGUGGAGAUAUCAAAUCAAAAUUGGAAAUGGAGAGGCAGAUCAAGCAGGAAGGUACGUCAGAAGGGUAUAAUGGUACAGGUUUGAAACUUGGAAUCAGGAAGAACCGCAAUGGCUUUUGGGAAGUCAGCAAACCUGAGGAUGUUAACACCUCCUCUUCUGGGAAUAGAUUGCUGGAGAAGUUUGAAAAUCAUGAACAGAAAGUUAUCCCAACGAGCAGUAGUGCUACUGGCAGUGGUCGAGAUGGUGAAGAUCCAAGUGUGAAUCAGGAUGGUGGUGGCAAUUUUGAUUUCCCGAACAAUGGAAUAGAACUCGAUUCUUUACCUAUGAAUAUAGAUUCAACAUAUGGUUUUGUGGACCGAAGCUUUUCUGCACCAGUAGGAGAUGCAGAAGUUAUUGUUCUUAGUGAUUCAGAUGAUGAAAAUGAUAUAUUGAUACCAUCUGGAGCUGUUUACAAGAAUAAUCAAACUGAUGAUAAUGGGGCUGAUUUUUCAUUGCCCCCUCCUGGAAUUGCGAAUCCUUAUCCUGAAGAUCCUACUGGUGGGAAUGGUCUGGGCUUUCUAACUCAUAAUGAUGAUGAUUUUGGGAUGUCCCCAUGGCCAUUACCUCCCGGGGGUCAAGCUGCCCCUGGUUUUCAGUUGUUUAACUCAGAUGUUUCAGAUACCUUAGUUGAUUUGCAGCAUGGUCCUAUUAACUGUCCCAUGAUGAAUGGUUAUACAUAUGCUCCGGAGAGUGUCAUGGGAUCUGCUAGUUUAGUCCCAGAUUCUUCCAUUGGUAGAUCCGACACUGAUAUAAAUGAUGGUUUGGUUGAUAACCCCUUAGCAUUUGGGAAUGAUGAUCCCUCUCUUCAAAUCUUUCUUCCAACUAGGCCUUCAGAUGUGUCAGGGCAGCCUGAUUUAAGGGAUCAAGCUGAUGUGUCAAACGGUGUCCGUACGGAGGAUUGGAUCUCUCUUAGGCUUGGUGAUGGUGGUGCCACUGGCAAUCAUGGUGAUUCCAUUCCUGCAAAUGGGAUUAAUUCGAGACAGCAGAUGCCAUCAAGAGAAGGUGCCAUGGACUCUUUGGCUGACACUGCUUCUUUGCUUCUUGGUAUGAAUGAUGGCAGAUCUGAGAAAGCAAGUCGGCAAAGAUCUGACAGCGCUUUCACAUUUCCUCGCCAAAAACGUUCUGUAAGACCGCGGUUGGUUUUUUCAAUUGACUCGGAUUCAGAGUAGACAAAUGGAGCCUUUUUUUGCUGAGAUUAUUGUUGUUUUCUUUUGAAUGGUUUCGGGGACAGAAACAUUUUCAUGGGAGGAUUUGCUGAUUGAAAAAAAAUUCUGGUAUUUGGUCCCCAAUGACACGGAAGUUUCAGAUAGUGGCAUGAGGCGCAGUGGGGAGAAAUUGUUAUCAGGAAAACUGCCCUCUGAAAUUUUGUUGGCAGUUGAAGAUUAUUUUCCUCAAUUGGUGAGCUGUAGGCCUCGAAUAUGAUACAAUAUAUAAUAUAAUAUAUAGCCCCCAAUUUUGUGCAGCAUAACCUUGGUUUCUGAUGGUGGUUCUAUUACAAGCACUUCUCUCUUAUCUCGACAAGGAUCUUUGUUCAUUGCUGGUAAACUGUACAGUAGUUAGUCAUUUAAGCCUGAAAAAAUUGGAUUUAUCCAUUGGAUUUGGUUCAUACCUUUGGAUGUAGUGGGGGAUCCCCCAGUUAGUAACACAAAACAUCCAUCUUUUUUUUUUUUGUCUCUGUUUAAUGACGAGCUAUAGCGCUUGUAAAUGUCCUUUAGAUUCAGUUAUUUAUAGAAAGAAUAAGAUACUUUAUUGAAGAGUAACUUCUCAGAGCUACCGGGGUUAUUUUUUGCCCUGGUGUUUUCUUUCAUCUGGGGUUUAAAUCUUGAAUAUAUAUUAGGCAUUCGUUUAAGAAAUCAUUGGCGCAUGUGGCUGGGCGCUGGGUAUUAGAUGUUCUUGAUUGCAACGAUGACAAACUCCAUAUGUGAUGGGCUUUGAGAUGUGCAUCUGUUGCUUCUUGAUGGUGGAUGAUCUCCUCGUUCAUUCCCUUUCCAUUAUCUGAUUCUCCCCCCCUUCCUUUUAUUCUGUGGGUAGCAAGAUCAAUGUAACAAAGCAUUUGUUCGACAGUAUGAUGCAUUAAGCAUUUGACAAAUUUUAGUGUUUUUUGACAUUAAAUCUUA